AACAAGAUGAAAGAAUCUAUCAUGAACCAGGAGAAACUCACCAAACUGCAGGCACAAGUGCGCAUUGGUGGGAAAUGAACUGCUCGUAGAAAGAAGGUGGUUCACAGAACAGCUACAGCAGAUGAUAAAAAACUUCAGUUCUCCUUAAAGAAGUUAGGGGUAAAUAAUAUUUCUGGUAUUGAGGAGGUAAAUAUGUCCACAAACCAAGGAACAGUGAUCCACUUUAACAAUCCUAAAGUUCAGGCAUCUCUGACAGCGAACACUUUCACCAUUACAGGCCAUGCUGAGACAAAGCAGCUGACAGAAAUGCUACCCCGCAUCUUAAACCAGUUUGGUGCAGACAGUCUGACUAGUUUAAGGAGACUGGCUGAAGCUCUGCCCAAACAAUCUGUGGAUGGAAAAGCACCACUUGCUCCUGGAGAGGAUGAUGACGAUGAAGUUCCAGAUCUUGUGGAGAAUUUUGAUGAGGCUUCCAAGAAUGAGGCAAACUGAAUUGAGUCAAUGUC